AUGCGUCUUUCGACUCUGAGCACGGCGUUUAGCGUGAUAGCUUGUGCGGUUGCUACAACGCCCUCUCACUCCCACGCCAAAUCCCAUGUUCGACGUGGUGGGAAUCAUGAGACAGAGAUUCCAGGCUAUUUCACUGGAACUUGCACCCAGGAGAAGAUGACCAUUCGCAAAGAAUGGCGGCAUCUGUCCAAGGCGCAGCAGAACAAGUUCCUUGACGCUGUUCAGUGUCUGAUGGACAGUCCUGCAAAGUCUGGACUCACGGCCACAACGAGCCGCUUCAGUGACCUUCAAGCUCUUCAUCGUGGCAUGACCAACACUGCCUAUGCGGAUAUCAUUCACCAUGUCGGUCAAUUCUUGCCGUGGCAUCGCUACUACAUGCAUAUCUAUGAGACACUUCUCCGUGAUGAGUGUGGCUACACCGGCGCUAUUCCAUGGUGGAACGAACAAAAGGAUGCGGAUAGUGGCGACAUGUGGCAGUCUUCUAUGUGGGGAGCUGAUGCCUUUGGAGGAAAUGGAACCGGCUCUGGAAACUGUGUCCCUGAUGGCCGCUUUGCAAACUACACGCUUCACAUUGGCCCCGGUGAUGAAGACACCGACUACUGCCUGCGUCGCGCAUGGGACACCGAGAAUGCGGUUGUAAAUGCUAACAGCACUGCCCUCGAUAUGUGCAAUGCAUACAACACGUACUCGCCUUGGUGGGAUUGUAUUUCGAACAUUCCUCACAAGGGCGUUCACACCUACAUUGGCGGAGUGAUGGCCGAUAUCAAGUCCUCUCCCGGUGACCCCAUUUUCUUCAUGCAUCAUAUGUACAUUGACCGGGUUUGGUGGUUGUGGCAGAAGCAAGACCCUGUCAACCGACUCUUCGACAUCAGCGGCCCUACCUUGAACGAGACUGCCAAUGUUGAACCGGCUGGUGGCUGGCAGAAUGCUACUCUUCACUAUGAGCUCUCGUCUUUCAACAUCAAGCCAAACACGACGAUUGCCCAUGUGAUGAACACCCAGGGUGGCUACUUGUGCUAUGGAUACGACUAG